AUGACGCAAAUGAAGCCAAUGCGAAUCUCUAUGGAGCGCCCAUUACGGUGGUGGUGAGUGACGAGUGAUGACACUCUGUACCUAUCCUUUACCCCUCGUUUACUCUAUAUAUUUGGACCUUCUGUUCUCUCUUUGACGCAAAUCAUCGAACACAAGAGAACAGAACAGGAACAGAAAACAGAGCCAGAACGAAAGAAAGAAGUUGGAGGAAGAUGGGCGGUUCCUAUGAUACAGCCGAAGGAGUAGAAAUCAGAGGUCGAUACGAUGAAGAAUUCGCGAAGAUCCUGAGCAAGGAUGCCUUGCAAUUCGUGGCGGAUUUGCAGAGAGAGUUCAAAGGUCGCAUCAAGUAUGCACUGGAGUGUCGGAAGGAAGCGCAGAAGAAGUAUAAUUCAGGGGCUUUGCCUGGUUUUGAUCCCGCCACCAAAAAUAUUAGGGAUGGUGAUUGGGUCUGUGCGCCGGUACCAGCUGCUAUGGCCGACCGGAAAGUGGAGAUUACGGGUCCCGUGGAUCGGAAGAUGGUCAUCAAUGCUCUGAAUUCCGGUGCUAAAGUCUUCAUGGCUGACUUCGAAGAUUCACUCUCACCUACUUGGGAAAACCUCAUGAGAGGCCAAGUAAACCUGAAGGAAGCAGUGGAAGGGACAAUAAGCUUCCAUGAUCAGGCGAGGAACAAAGUUUACAAGCUCAAUGAUCAGACGGCCAAGCUCUUCGUCCGAGCUCGAGGAUGGCAUCUGCCCGAGGCCCACAUCUUAAUCGACGGUGAACCGGCUACCGGCUGCCUCGUCGAUUUCGGCCUCUACUUCUACCAUAACUAUCCUAAUUACCGACGCACCCAAGGUCAAGGUUUCGGCCCAUUCUUUUAUCUGCCCAAGAUGGAGCAUUCAAGGGAAGCCAAAAUAUGGAACUCAGUGUUUGAGAAGGCAGAAAAGGUGGCAGGAAUAGAGAAAGGAAGCAUAAGAGCCACAGUUCUGAUAGAGACACUGCCUGCAGUGUUUCAAAUGAAUGAGAUCCUAUAUGAACUAAGGGACCAUUCAGUUGGGUUGAACUGUGGUAGAUGGGAUUACAUCUUCAGCUAUCUCAAGACAUUCCAGGCUCACUCAGAUCGGUUGCUCCCUGACCGUGUUCAGGUUGGCAUGGCUCAACACUUCAUGAGAAGCUACUCUAACCUCCUCAUCCGCACUUGUCAUAGGCGUGGUGUGCACGCCAUGGGUGGCAUGGCAGCUCAGAUUCCAAUCAAAGAUGAUCCAGUAGCAAAUGAAGCAGCACUAGAGCUGGUAAGGAAGGACAAGCUGCGAGAGGUGCUUGCCGGUCAUGAUGGGACUUGGGCAGCCCACCCAGGUCUAAUCUCACCCAUCAUGGAAGUCUUCAGCAAGAACUUAAGCAACCCUCACCAAAUCCAAACCAUGAAAAGGGAAGAUGCAGCAAACAUCACUGAAGCAGACCUCUUACAGAGGCCUCAAGGUGCAAGGACAAUGGAAGGUCUCCGACUAAACACUAGAGUUGGUAUCCAAUACGUUGCAGCUUGGCUUACUGGAACUGGGGCAGUACCUCUUUACAAUCUCAUGGAAGAUGCUGCAACUGCUGAGAUCAGUAGGGUUCAGAACUGGCAAUGGUUGAAGUAUGGAGUUGAAUUGGAUGGAGAUGGUCUUGGUGUGAAGGUGAGCUUGGAUCUCUUUGGGAGGAUAGUUGAAGAAGAGAUGGCUAGGAUUGAAGAGGAGGUGGGCAAAGAGAAGUUCAAGAAGGGAAUGUACAAGGAGGCUUGCAAGCUUUUCUCCAAGCAAUGCACAGCUCCCACCCUGGAUGAUUUUCUGACUUUAGAAGCCUAUAACCAAAUUGUCAUCCAUCACCCAGAUGGAUCUGCUAGGCUCUGAGAAAGAUUACCAUCUGGCCAAAUAUCUUGUGUCACAAUUUUCUGCUGCAACAUCUUCAUCUUGAGUCUUGUCUUUGUUUGAUACCAGUAAUAAAAAUCUGUCACUGAGAGUGUCAA